AUGAUUGAACCAUCCUUAAAGGCUUUAGCUUCCAAGUACAACUGUGAGAAAUCUAUCUGCCGUAAAUGUUACGCUAGAUUACCACCAAGAGCUACCAACUGUCGUAAGAGAAAGUGUGGACACACUAACCAAUUAAGACCAAAGAAGAAGUUGAAAUAG